CUUAUCUCCGCCACGCCCCGCCUGAGUCGUUCCCUUCAAGUUUCCGCAUUAUCAGCUACAGGGAAACAGUGGACACAGUGGAGUCAACUUUACACUGUUGCACUCAGUUAACACCGAGCGACCAUGGCAGGGUUCCUUGUGAGAUUAAACCUCAGGAAAUGCAUCGCCUCUCAGAUCAGAAUGGCAUCUGAUCAGCUUGGCGAGUUGGGCAAGGGAGCAGGCAAAGGUGGAGGUGGAGGAGGCUCAGUGAGGGAGGCAGGGGGUGCGUUUGGAAAGCGGCAAGUAGCAGAGGAGGAGCGGUACUUCAGGCAAAAGGAGAAGGAGCAGAUGGAAGCGCUGAGGAAACACCACGCAGAGGAGAUUGAGCACCACAAAAAGGAGAUUGAGCGCCUACAGAAGGAGAUCGACCGCCACAAGGGCAAAAUCCGAAAGCUGAAACAUGAUGACUGAAGAAGGGAAGCAUGUUAUCGUUUCUCUUCCUGAAAGUCAGCCCAUUUUCUUUGCCAGGUCAAUGAUUAUUAGUUAUUGAUUGAUUCCAAUGCUGGUCAAGAAAGAGCCUGUAUGACAUUUCAUACUGACAAUAAUUCAACAAUAAAGUGCUUCAAUUUUGAA